GCGAAAAGUAAAAGUGAUAUAAACAAAUAAAAUUUGAAAAUACGUUCUUACUGAUUUAAGUAAUUCUUAAAAGAAAUUGUAAAAUAAUUAUGGCUAAUGUAGUACUAAGCGAAGCAGAAAAAGCAUUUAUUCUUCAUGGAGUAGAGGACGAAUUAAGACUUGAUGGUAGAUCGUGCAAGGAUUAUCGACCUAUGGAACUAGAAACUGAUAUUGUAAGUCAUGCAAGUGGAUCAGCACGUCUGCGUUUAGCAAACACCGAUGUGUUAGCAGCAGUGAAAACCGAAAUAGAUACACCUAAUUCAGAAACCCCAAACUGUGGGAAAAUAGAGUUUUUUGUUGACUGCUCAGCUAAUGCCACACCUGCUUUUGAAGGUCGCGGCGGUGAAGAACUUGCAGUUGAGCUUGCUGAUACAUUAGCUAAAGCUUAUGAAUCUACUUCGGCUUUUGAUUUAACUACCUUAUGUAUAUUGACCGGUCAGCAAUGUUGGAAACUUUAUGUUGAUGUUUUGAUUUUAGAAUGUGGUGGAAAUUUGUUUGAUGCAGUAUCCCUAGCAGUUAAGUCUGCUUUAUACAAUACAAAAAUUCCAAAAGUUACAGCCGCUUUAAUGGAUGGAGGUUCAUGUGAUCUAAAAUUGUCUGAUGAUCCGUAUGAUUGCACAAGGAUAAAUACAGAACACAUACCAAUUUUCGUAACUAUUUGCAAAAUAGGAGAUGCUUGUGUUAUUGAUCCAUCAGCUGAGGAAACAGAAUGUAGUUCAGUUAGCGUUGUAAUUUCAGUAUCACAAAGGGAUGGAAAAAGUUUUAUAACAUGUACACAUAUGGUCGGUAUUGGUUCUUUGCAUCCAGAAACAUUGUUAAAAUGUAUUGAGAUGGGAAUAAGUGUUUCAAAAUGUUUAGAUAAAACUUUGAUGAAAACAUUGAAAAUGGAAGAAAAUAGGGCAGAGCUAAAUGGAAAAAGAGAAAUAGCAGGUUUUCUUAAGUAAUUAAUAUUUUUGUCGAUAAAGAAGCUUUAUUUGCAAAGUAUUAAUAAAUUACAUACUUUGUAAGGAAAAUUCGAAUAAAUUUUAUUUCAUAGAUCGGCUAAAUAAAGCCCUAUGUUUAAAACCUUAUUGUGUGUAUUUUGGUUAAUCCUAAUUCUAAAAAUCAAA